AUGGAGGUUGAGUCGGACAGGACGAAACCCAUUGCUGUUUUCAUGGCUUUCGGUACCAAAGGCGAUGUCUAUCCAAUCGCCGCCAUUGCGGCGGCCUUUGCUUCCGACCAGACACAGUACCAAGUUGUUCUUAUCACACAUUCAGCUCAUCAGAGCUUACGUUGUCACUUAGCUGAGAAGCAUGUUUCCUAUGUUCCAAUUUCAUCACCACCUGUUCUCACUGUCAAUCAGAAACAUGAAACAGUCUCUGUAGAGUUGCCACUUUCGCUACAGAAACAGUUGUUUUCUGGAGAACAUAGAAAAGAAUGUUUAUCUGUUGUUGAAACGAUAUUUGGAUCAGGCUCAAGCAUGGAUGGUGACUUCAUUGUGAUAAAUUUCUUUGCUCUGGAAGGCUGGAGUCUUGCAGAGCUUUUUCGUGUCCGCUGCAUGGUUGCUGCUCCUUAUGUUGUUCCGUACAGUGCUCCUUCAUCCUUUGAGCGCCACUUUAAAAAGGAAUAUCAACAGUUGUAUAAAUACCUGCAGGAAUCUCACCUCAACAAGAUUUGUUGGGAAGACGUGAUCCACUGGAUGUGGCCUCUUUUCACAGAACACUGGGGAUCCUGGAGAUGUGACGAUUUGAAUCUGAGUCAUUGCCCUUUUACAGAUCCAGUAACAGGUCUCCCCACAUGGCAUGAUAGGUCAUUGUCUCCCCGACUUUUGUAUGGUUUUAGCAAAGAAGUUGUUGAGUGCCCAGAUUAUUGGCCAUUGAGCAUUCGGGUUUGUGGCUUUUGGUUUCUGCCUACUGAAUGGCAAUUUUCAUGUAAGAAGUGCAGUGAAAUUUCAAGGCUUGUAUCUUCAAGGAAUCUGUACACAAAUGAUGAAAUGUGCCCAGCUCAUGUUCAUUUGCAAUAUUUUCUGAAGACUCCUAUGCCUAUGCCACCAGUUUUUAUUGGCCUGAAUUCUAUUGGUAGCAUGGGAUUUUUGAAGAAUCCUCAAGCUUUUCUUCGUCUUCUCCAAACUGUACUCCAGAUAACAAGUUACCGAUUUAUCCUUUGUACUGCUGGCCAUGAGCCUUUGGAUGCAGCAAUCCGAGCUAUUGCUGCUAAUUCAUCAUUGCACAUUACCCACAAACAGAUUAAUGAUGAUUGUGUUUCUCUCUUUGAGAAUCGAUUGUUCUGCUUUUCUGGUUCUGUACCAUACACGUGGCUUUUUUCUGGAUGUUCAGCUGUGAUUCAUCAUGGGGGAAGUGGAACUACUGCUGCAGGACUACUUGCAGGCAUCCCACAGGUACUGUGUCCAUUUAUGCUAGACCAAUUUUAUUGGGCUGAAAGAAUGUUUUGGCUCGGAGUGGCACCAGAACCGUUGAAAAGAAGCCACUUGCUUCCGGAAGAAAGUGAUGAUGAAAGUAUCGAAGAAGCAGCCAAUUUUCUAGCAAGGGUUAUACAUGAUGCAUUGUCUCCUGAAAUUAGACAACGCGCUGUAGAAAUUUCUAAGAGAAUAUCACUUGAGGAUGGAGUCUCAAAUGCUGUUAGGUAUAUCAAGGAAGAGGUUGGAUGUUCAAGCUCAGUGUGACAUCUUUUAACAGUUUGCUCUCUUACUUGUGUGGCUAACAUAUUUGGGCUCUUUUAACAUACUUUCAAAUAACUCUAUUUGCUCGAAGUAUAGAACUUGAAUUAAUACCAGUAGAAUGAAUCCAAUGU